UGCUCUGCUUAUUAUCGGGAUUCUUCCUGAUAUAUUUUGGUUAUGUAUACUUUUUAAAAGCCAGCAAUACCAUCUUAAAAAAAAAAAACAAAACCCAUCUCUCCUUUUAAGAGGAUCUGAGCAAUGUUUGUGCCAAGAGGAAGAACAAAGACAAGCCUUAUUAGUGUCACUCUAAAGGCCACCGUUUCUUCACUCAUUCUGCCAAGAACACUGAGUGCCUUUCAUGGCCAAGGUCUAUCCGGAUGGUCAUGAUAAGCAGGGACUGCACCAUUCACGAUUGCCCCAGGCUUGAGUAUUUCCAAACUGCCUGUUGUCCUUUACAUUCAGUUGCUCACACAAGCCGACUCAGACCACUACUGUUGUUGGGAAAACAGGUAGAGCUCACCUAAUGCAUCCUAAGGGGGUGUGGGGAGAUGCAGGAAUCACUAGGGAAGAAUUUUAAACCAUGUAGCCUACACGUGUCCCAUGUAGAUGGGAACCACAUAGUUUUUGUUUGUUAUUGUUUUUUUUAUUUAAGUUUCCAGGAGGACAGCGCCUGAGAAACAUAGCCUGGGUUCAUUCUCUUUCUUUUUCAGAAGUAUAUCCAAGAAAGCACACCUGUGCGGAUCCAGAACUUAAACCCAAGUGUCUGACUUCUGUUGCUGACCUCUGUGUGCUGGGGUUCUAGCACUAGCCAUCUACACCAGGGCCUACGUCCUGACAUGGGCAGGCGCUGAGCACCAAAGAAGAGAAGGCCUGAAAGAGGAGAGGCGGCCCGGAGACCUGCCAGGCCUGAUUCACAUCUACAGCCCAAAGGCUCUGUCUGAGCCAGAAGAACGGUGCUGGAGAGGGAGUGGAGAUUUUGAUGGAUUGUCACACAACAAACACAACACAGCGUUCCUAGAAUAGCAGAGAGCUGACAUCAGCCGUCUUGUAGAUCGUGCACCCCUGGCAGCAAGAUACAAAAAAAUGGUGGCUUACAGAGGAAGCAUCUGCUGCUCCUCCACCGGUCGCAAGAUACGCCAAGGGAUGCCUCCGGAGGAUCUCGUCCCGUGACAUCCUCGUGAACUCCAGGCAGCUCCUCCUGCAAAUGCAGAUAAAGAAGAUGAAGGACAUCGGGGAGCAGCUGUACACCACCCCGAUGAAUGGUGGGCCCAGCUCCUUGACCAUGUCCCCCAAACAACCGAACUCUAACCGAGCCACCCGGCCCGAUCGACAGGAAGCCCAGAGCCUUCCGUACCAAGGCUCCGAGGCAGAGGCGGCCGUGAUGACGCUCGCCACGUGCGAACAGUGCAAGAGCGUCGAGAAAGUCCCGCUUCAAGAGCUGAAGAAGGGCGCCGGCCCCGGCCAAAAGGAAGACAGGUACGUCUGCUUCAAGUGCAGCCUGCACGCGGCGCCGCCCCAAUUCCAUUUCGUCGGCGUCGAUCCCGGGGCCGCCCACGUUGGAAAUGAGACGGAAACCAUCUCCAGUCCGGUCAGUAACAAAUUUAAGGUGAGGAACUUUAAGCCAGGAAAGUUCUAUUGUGACAAGUGUCGGUUUUCCACCAAGGACCCUCUGCAGUACAAAAAGCACACCCUUCAGCACGAAGAGAUCAAGUUCAUUUGCUCGCACUGCAGCUACAUCUCCUACACGAAAGGCGAGUUCCAGAGGCAUCUGGUGAAGCACACGGGGAUCUUCCCCUACCGCUGUGAGUACUGCGACUACGGAGCCAUCCGGAACGACUACAUCGUCAAGCACCGGCGCCGGGUGCACGAGCGGGCUGGCGCCAAGCGGCCGCUCAAGGCUGUGGCCAAGCUGGAGCCCAAAAGAACCGGCGUCGCCAAACAAAGCCCCGAGCUCUUCAAGGCUCCCGGCGCCAGGACGGCGUUUCAGCAUAAGCUGUCGAGCCAGCUCUCAAAGUUCUCUCUCCACGCAGGUAAAGACAAAACCCGCAACAUUGUGCUGCUACCGGAUUCGAAGGGAUACCAAAAGGAUGUCGUGUGCAUCCCCAACAAGAUGACCUUCCCGGAGCCCAGCGAGCUGAGUCUGCUGGGGAACAAGAACGUGGAGGUGGAGGUGCUGUCUCCCUCCAAGGAGCUGGUGCAGCCCGGGGUGCCCUUGACGGUCGUAGCCCCGUCCGAGCUGGUGGUCCCCACCAACUGCCUGGCCCAGUUGAUAGACGUCAAGGUCGUCAACGGCACGCAGCAGCUCGUGCUGAAGCUCUUCCCGCUGGAGGAGAACACGCGGCUGGACGCCCCCCGCGGGGAGGGAGGGGACCCCGAGCCUGGGACCAAAGACAAAGGCUCAGGUGAGCAAGGACAGAUACUGCCUGCGGAAAACACCAAGUCCCCGAGACUUGAAGGGAGCCCCGGAGAGCUGGUGAGCAUGGAGGGUCUUCAGUCUUCGGUCCAGAAACACCUUCGGGGGGUGAAGUGGCUGAGGUCUUACGAUUUACUCAUGCCCAACGCCAGCCUAGACAGCUAUAGAGAGCCUUUACUUAGUUCCAGUUCAACUAGGGAUCUGCAGAACAAACCAGCCUUGCACCCGUACAGACCUGCUCUUCCUCCCGCCGCCCUCAAAGGACCUUCUCCAGCCUCUGUAGGAAAAAUCAGCGCCGUGUGUGGCCCGGGAGCCCCGUCCAACCCUGUUCCCGUUCCCUACGUGGCUGCCCUCGCCUUUGCUAACGGCGGCAGGACUUUGCACGGCGACUCAGCACGGGCGCUUCCCCUCGCCGCGUCCCCCGCAGCCGCUUCGGGGUCUGGAGAAAAGGGCCUGGGACCGAGAAGCCAGAUGAGUGUUCCCGUGCAGACGCUUCCCUCCAGCAGGAAGCCGGGGGACGAGCAGGCGGAGGGGCGCGGGGAGGGGCGCGGGGAGGCGUCCCGCCAGCCUCCCACGUCCUCGCCGCGCGCGAGUGAGUAUUUACACAUAAACCUCACCGCGGAAGGCAAGGCCGGCUCUCCGCAGCCCGGCCACAAGCCCGCCGAAGCCAGGAACUCCGAAAGGACUAAUAACACUUUCGACGGCCCGGUCAUUUCGUCAGUAUUUUCUCUGAGCUCGGGAUCUGAAAACGUUCCAGACAGUGUUAAGUGGAAUAGCGCAACGUCCAAAAUAAAGUCAAUUGAACUGUUGCGCAAAAAGAUCGCUCAGCUGAUCGAGUCUUGCGGCAAGCCUUCCUCCCUGUCUGCCAGCAGCGCGCAGCGCCGUUCUACCGGACCGGCGCCCAGGGGAACUUCCAAAGCCGUCCCCCCAGAAGGGCUUCAGGACGUCAGCGUGUCCCUCGUGGGCUCGGACCCUGCCACGGGUCCUCUCCAAAAACCUCAGCACGAGACUCCCGGCACUGGGCCGCUGCAGCCAGUCUACCCACCACUGAGCACAGGCAGCCACGGGAAGAGCAGCGGCAGAGUGACCAGGAAGGCUCAUGUCGCCACGCCGGUGCUGAUCCCCAAGGGAGCCGUGUUGAGGGUGCUCAACUCAUCGGAGGACGCCCAGAUCAUAGAGGCCACCUGCGACACCCCCGUCAGCAUACCGUGCGCCGCUGGGCCGUUACCGCGGCCCGGGCCACUCCGCCCCGGGGUACAGCCGGACUCGGGCCUGCAGCCUGUCGCCAAUGGAAGUGAGCUGAGAAACACAUCCCCGAGUUCGGAGACCUGUUUUCGGGCUAAAUCAAGAAAAGAGGAUGCUGUCUGUAGCCCCACCCCUAAGAAGAUCACCCCUGCCCAGGGGCUGCAGGGAGGCGGUGACUGGAGGAAGCAGCGCAGACUGCUUUCCAGAAGCCUGACCGUAAGCAGGAGCAAAGCCAAGCAAGUCAACGCAUCCAAGAAGAGAAGCAAGCUCCAGGCCGAGCCCGGCCGCUGCCUCAAGGAGCCCUCCAUCUUCCAGGUUUCACGCCAGCUCCGACUGGUGGCUGCCAAGCCCGACCAGCUGAUCAAGUGUCCCCGGCGGAACCAGCCAGUCAUCGUGUUAAAUCAUCCUGACGUGGACUCCCCGGAAGUGACCAAUGUCAUGAAGGUGAUCAACAAGUACAAAGGCAACGUCCUCAAGGUCGUCCUGUCGGAGAGGACGAGGUGCCAGCUGGGCAUCCGCCGCCACCACGUGCGGCUGACCUACCAGAACAUGGAGGAGGCCAGCCAGAUCAGAAGGCAGAUGAUGCUGAAAAUGAAACUGAAGAAAGUCCACAGGAACAACUACCAGGUGGUGGACUCCUUGCCCGAUGACUCCUCUCAGUGUAUCUUCAAGUGCUGGUUUUGUGGGCGGCUCUAUGAAGACCAGGAAGAGUGGAUGAGUCACGGCCAGCGGCAUCUGAUAGAGGCCACGAGAGACUGGGAAGUCUUGUCUUCUAAGGGCAAAUGAACGGACACUGGUCUUGGAAGCAUAUUGUCUUCGUUUUCGUUUCUCCUGUUUAGGGGUCUCCAGAUGCAGGCUGUAGAGCAGUGAUUGUUGUUGCUGAUAUCGGCUGCCAGAGCGUUGAGAGCCCUUUAUCUGACUGGCCUGGCAUUUACAGCCCGAGAUGGUACACGGAGAUGUACAGAAUUCUGACGGGAUGUGAAGUUCUCAUCAGGUUGCCGGUGGAGCUGAGACCUGUCUGUGUUCAGUGUCUGUUUUUCUGAGUAGAUGUACUUCUGUUCAGAGGGCUGAGUUUAGAAUGCUUGACACCUGCUCCUUCUACUAAUGCUACUGAUGAUUUCCAGCAACAGUUGGGGUUCACAUUUACUUGGCUUUUGCUUUUUAUUUGGUACCUGGUGGAAAUUGGGCUUUCUGCUUGUUACCUGGAAUUUGGUUCUAAACACACACACAUAAAAGGCCAUCCAUCCCCUUUAACCUCAUUCUCUUGUUAUUUUUAAGUGUUCAGUGUAGCACUGAGUUUUGCUUUUAUUGACUCUUUGAAGAGUGAUUGCAAGGGUUUGUUGCCUUGCGACACAUGCUAGAAGAAAGAAACCAUCUUUAAAUUAAAAUACCUUGAUCUGUGUCAGUUAAGUGGGGAAGGUGCCCUUAAGAGAAAAGAAAAUGUUGGGCUUCUCCUUUACCCCUAACGCUCUGGCAAAUGAAGCGGCUGCUUGCAGGUGGCGGGGAGGUUUACACCACAGAUGAACCUUGGGAGUCCGCUCGGGUGGGCUUGCAAAGCACGGUGGCACGAGAUCUGCUGUGUUGUGGUGCCCAGUUGGGAAUUUGGGAACUGAGUAGGUGCUGUCUGCUCUAGCUGGUCACCGGGGUCACUCCCCUGUUCCAAAUAUGCCUUCCCUGUCCCCUCCUGACACUGUGUCCCCCAUGAAAUUACUAGAAACUGGUGGCCCACAAAACUGGUGGCCCC